AUGGUGUGUAUUCCAUGUAUCGUCAUUCCAAUUCUGCUCUGGGUCUACAAAAAAUUCCUGGAGCCGUACAUAUACCCCCUGAUCUCCCCUUUUAUUAGUCGUGUAUGGCCUAGAAAAGCUGUACAAGAAUCCAGUGAUCAAAACAAAAGUAAAGGAGACUGUAAGGGUGCAGAUGUAAAUGGAUUACCAACAAAAGGACCAACAGAAAGCUCGGAUAAAAAGAAAGACUAA